CUCAACAGUCAACACCCCCAGCCACCGCCUGCCUUGGCGGCCGUCCGUCCCCAUCGGCCUCGCCUUCGCCGUAAAACCCUAGGUGCCCCCCGCCUCCCAUCGCUCUCCUGCGCGAUCCGCCUUUGGUCUCCAGAUGCAGGCGUCCGCGCGCCUCUCGUCCUCCGCCGCCUCCAAGAAGGUGAUAGCGGGUGUCUCUAGCCCGAUCACACGGUCGUGCUACCGGACCUCCCGGGGGAAGGCGCAUGCGGCGCCGUUGUCUGCGCAGGAGCCGCCACCGAAGGGUCAGAAGAGGAUUGCCAAGCAGGAGAGGAGGGUCAGGAUAGUGGAAUUUGUUGACAAGUUUAGGGCUUCAAAUGAUGGCAAGUUUCCUAGUAUAACAAAUGCUCGUCAGCAAGUUGGAGGCUCUUACUACACGGUGCGUGAGAUACUUCAGGAAUUGAAAUAUAAUCAUGCAAAAUUACCACUGGGUAAUGCUAAGGCAGCUCCACUUCAAGGAACAGUUGAAGUUGCUGAGCACUCCGGGCCUAAGGAUGAAGCUAUGGUGGCUCAACUUAAAGGAACACCUGAAUUCGCUGAGCACUCAAGACCUAAGGAUGACAGUGUAAAAAGUCCGUACAACUGCGACAGCCUCAAAAGUAGUAAGGAGAUUCAGGAUGUAGAUGAUAUGCUAAUAUCCCAGAAAGAUGAUGCUACAAGUACUGGAAUCGUGGAAAAGACUGAAACUUGGAAAUCAGUGGGCUCUUCUCAUCACAAUGUAGAAACAGAAGCUGCUAAGCAUGAUUUGAACACUUCAGAAACCUUGAAGACUGCAGAUGACCCAACUUUAUCUGAUCAAACAGAAAGUGAGAGCAUGAAGGUCAUAACGAACAAAUCUUAUGUAUCUGUGGGAGUGGAGGCGCAAUCGGACCCUGGAAACCAGCAAAGGAAUACAGAAGCUAGCAAAUUAGCUCUGGAGAAUACAGAAAAAAUCCUGAAUGCAAGUGAAUCAAGUGUGUCAGAUCAAAGUGGAAGUGACAAGGUGGUCAAGGCAAACAUACAUGACAGAGAGCACAACCCAAAGCAUGAGCCUGAGGAAUCCACAAGCACGGGUCUUUUUGGCAGUUUGAAAUCUUUUGCCUAUGGCUUCAGGAACUUCUGGAAAAAGCUGUGAAUCUGCUGUCGUUUCAGCUGCAAUCUAACACGCAUGGAGCCCCCCUCUUGCCUUCAUCAAUUUCUUGGCCUGGACCGAAUUGUAAUUUUUCUGAAGGCUACAGAAUUAAUAACCUUAUCCCUCUUUAGCUUUUGUGAUACCUGAGUAAUUUGUAAAGUUUUUUUUUAUGGCAGUGGUUUAGUCCCCGCUAGUAGGCUGCUAUGCUGCUUUGACAAUAGAUAGGAGUGUUAGUACUGCAUAGUUCGCAUGGUAUCCAAAUGCUGGUCAUACUUAUAUUUGUCAUGCUCGAACGCCUGGACUGCCAUUUUUUUUUAACUCUGUAGCAGAGUUUUGUGCCA